UAUAGUGAAAUUAAUCGAGAUAAAAAUUUAAUUAAAACUCUAUAUUACUUAAAUUUAAUUAUCUUUUAAAAUAAUAUUGUAAUAUACUUAAUUAAAAAAAAUAAAAUUCAUAUUAAUUAAUAGUAAUUUUAAUUCGAAAUAUUGAAAUUAAAAAAAAAAAUUAUUUAAAAUAUGCCAUUCGGACGUAAAUCUCCAUUGGAAGCAUUGGCUUUGCCAGGUGUUAUACUAGCAUAUAAAUAUAGUCAAUUUAGGCAAAGAAGGCGAGAAGCAGCAAGUCGUCGUGUUACUGAAAGAGAAUUAUCAGCUUUACAUCAUAAAAUUGAUAAAUUAUUGAGUAAACUUGAAGAAAGUGAACCAGAACCUCCAACAUCCCAAGAAGAUGAAUGUGUUAUAUGUAUUAAUGCUAGAGCAACAAUGCAAACAUCACCAUGUGGUCAUAGAGUUGUUUGUAGACGUUGUUUUGUAAAAACAAUACAAAGUGCAGUUGCACAGCGUCUUCUUCCAUUAAGAUGUGUUAUAUGUCGAGCACGUGUUAAUCGAUUAACAUCUAGCUCUGGAACAUGGCGUAUACAAGAAUCAGCUAGCAGUUAUUCAGUUGGUGCCAAAAGUUGGUCAUCAGGUAGUGGUAGUAGUACUGGUGUACCACAAUCAGCCAGUUCAUAUUCAGUAGGUUCUCAACAUUUAUCCGUAAAUCAACAUUCAAAUCAUCAUAAUCAACAUCAUAAUAAUCAACAAAACAAUCAACAUCAUCAUUAUAAUAGUAAUCACAAUCAUAAUCAUCAUUAUAAUGGUGGUUCUUGUGGAAGAAAUCGUGUUGCACAAUCUGCUAGUUUAUAUUCAAUGCAAUCAGGAACAUCAUCAGUAUCGAAUUCAUCAAAUGCAACUAAUUGUUCGAAUACGUCUUCCAUGUCAAGUGGUACUGAUUCGUCAAUAUCAGCGUCUUCCUGUUCAUCGGCUGCUACAUCGGCUAGCAGUUAUUCAAGUAAUACAAGUUGCGGUAUUAAUUCAUUAUCUUCAUCGUCAUCAUCAAAUUAUCAUAGUCAUCAUAAUCAUCCACAUUCAACGUGCCCAACAGGAUGUUCAGGUGCAAUACCACGUAAACCUAGUAUAAUACAUGGUAUACCAACUGCAAAUACUUAUCCUGGUAGAAGAUAUACAAAAGGAAGAAUUGCAGAUUUACAACAGAAUCGCUUACCACCAAUUAAAGAAUUUCGGAGUCCGGCUAAAGUACCACAUCCAUCACCAGUUCAUUUAAAUAAUCCACGUUUUCGUUAUGCCUCAUAUACAAAAUCUCCAUCACAUGAAACAGUUCCUUUACUUAAUAAAGAUCCAUCACCAUCGAGACCAACAUCACAGCAGUCUUCCUCAUCUGCUUCUACUUUAACAAAUAAAACAUUAAAAUCAUCUGCCAAGCCUGGUUUAACAUCAAAAGUUAAUCCGACCGCAUCAAAAAUUCCAGUUAAAAAUAGUUUAACAUCACCAAAAAAUUUAAAAAAUAAUUCAAAUCAUAAUAAUAUUAUCAGCAAUAUGAAUAACAAUAAUAAUACGAUGACAACGAUGAAUAGCAUCAAGGUUAAAUCAUCAAAGGUUGAAUUGAAUCAUCCAAGUUCUUCCAAAAGUUUUUCAUUUAUCAAUAGCAAUAAUAGUAACAAAACUAAUAGCAAUUCCGUUAAAAUAAAUAACAAUAGCAAUAAAAAUUAUUCAACGUUAUCUUUUAAUAAUAUUAACAAUAAAAAUCAACAGCAUCAUCAUCAUCAGGACGAAAAGGCUGACAAUAAAAAAAAUGAAACAAUGGAAAAGAAAAAGAAAGAAGAAAAAUUAAAAAUAAAAGCUGAAAAAGAAGCAAGAAAGGAAGAGAAACGCUUGGCAAAAGAAGAAGAACGUUUAGCAAAAAUUCUUGCAAAAGAAGAAAAGAAAAAAGGAAAACGUGAGGCAAAAGAAUUACUUUUGGCCAAUGAUGGUAACAGUAGAAAAUAAUAGUAACCAAUAAAAUAAGCAAAAUUUCAAAUAAAAAAUUAUUUUUACUUUUAUGCACAAAAAAAAAAAAUAUUGAGAUUAUAAUGAUUAAUAAAUUUUCUAUACAUAUGUAUAAAUUUAUUUUAUCCUUUUUGAUUUGUUAAAAAUUUUAUUUUACUCCAAUAAAUUUUUUUAUAAGUAAAUAGCCAAAAUAAUUAUU